CGUUAGCAUAGUCUCUUCGGUUUUUACCACUCGAUAAUGCGUUAAAUUAACACGCAGAUAUUCGUCUGUGAACGCAUCCGUAACAUAAACUAUUUGGCGGGAAUUAGAAAACAAAAUGGCGCGGAAAGGAUUUUUAUUAUUCGUGUCAAUAUUGUUCUUCGUUGUGUUUCCAUGUGAAAUGAGAAGGAACAAGGACCUGCCGACUGAGAAACAAUUGACUUUACAACGUAAGGAGACUAAUCCGGUGAUGUUUACAAGGCUUGUUGUAAUGAGACUUGUUUAUGGAUUAGCGAAAGUGAUGGGCUUCGAAGAGCCCGUUAGUGAGGUGAUGAAUGGCGCGUUUGUCCCACCCGGAGCUGAUGACGACGAUGAUUUCGACGAUGAUGAUGAUGACGACGGAGUUUUCGAUGACUAUUAAUCUCAAACAUACACUACACGGUAGAUGUAUUCAAGAAGUAUACCGUAAAAUUAAAUUAGAUGACGCGAGAGAGUAAGGAGACAGAAGAUUUUGAGAGGUAAACGAAAGAUUGGAUAACUAUUUUAAAAAAAGUUAAAUAUGGAGUGUCGACGAAGAUCUACAGAGAUACUAAAAGUUUAUUGAUCAAAAUAAAACGGUACUGUUUUGUUUUUUCUAAAUAUUAUUUUACAAUACUUAAUAAAUUCCCUUGCGUUUUCGCAACGGACUCAUGACAAUUUCAUACUUGCUAGAUUUUGUUUUUUAAAUCUAAAAAGCUUUUCCGUUAGUAAUAACUAGCUUAUAAGUAGCAUUAAAAAAUCGAUACCAAAUAACAAAAAUGCAUUUAUGAAAAUCAUAUAUUUGUUAACGUAGAUUUGUAUUUUAUCUUUAAUCUUUAAUACGUAUUAUAUUCUGCAAUGAUGUCAGAAAUGC